CGAAUUGUUAAGAGUAACCUUAAUGUCAUUUGACUUAUGAUAAGUGAUUUCCUGAAAUCUGUCCUUUAAAGAAUAUAAAAAGACUGGAAAAACAAAUUUAAUUCGUCAAUGAAAUGAUAUAUUUGAAACAUUUAAUAGCAAAAUAUAGAUUGAGAUGAUCACUAAACAGAAAUUAAUUCUUAUGUACAUAUAAAAUUUCAUUUCUCUGCAUAUACUACAAAUAUAGACUUUUAUAGUGAUAAUCGCAAAUUACAACAUGAAUAAAAGCAUGGAUGUCUUGUCAGAAGAAAUUGAUGAGUUGAUGUUACGUAAAUUAGAAUUAAUGGAAGAAAAAGUUCGUGAAAAUAUUCAAAUGGAAGCAUUAUUGAAGGAUGGUCAUAUUGAAUUGGCAAAAGCAAAAUAUAUUCGUGGAAAGGAGAACAUUAGUAUUCUACAGGUUCCAAAUAAUAAAGAUACAGUGACAUCCUUAUUUGACUUAGAAACUAAAAUGACAACUGAUGAUGAUACUGUGCCAUGUUUUGACAUUAGUUUUAAAAAGUCAAACGAUGUAGAUGAACCAGGAGAUCCCAUAAAAUGGUUUGGUGUAUUGGUCCCACAAAACUUAAAAAACAGUCAGAAACGCUUCCAGGAAUCCAUUUAUCUUGCUGCAAAAAUAGCAAACAUACAGGCAGAACUUAUCUCUGUAUUUUCUAAGCUCAAGGCAUUAUAUGUUCAAAAAGAUAAUUUAUGUUCCCUAAAUAUAUUAAAACUUAACAAAUAAAGAUUCUUAUUAGAUCUUAGAAUUUCAGAAAGUAAUAAAUAUUAAACCAAAUAUAAA